GUUUUACUGACACGUGACGUUGAGGUGCUGACGUAGCCGACAACAAAGAUGGCAGGAGUAGGAAGCAGCAACUACUGGGAAGACCUGCGGAAGCAUGCCAGGCAGCUGGAGAAUGAGCUGGACCUGAAGCUUGUGUCCUUCAGUAAGCUGUGCACCAGUUACACCACUUCCAGGGAUGGACGCAGAGGAGAUUCGUCAGACACCACGCCUCUACUUAACAACUCAAGCCAAGACAGAAUGUUUGACACAAUGUCAGUUGAGAUUGAGCAGCUGCUGGCAAAGCUCACUGGAGUCAAUGACAAGAUGGCAGAGUACACGAGCACCCCGGGAGCAUCAUCUCUCAAUGCCGCCCUAAUGCACACACUGCAGAGACACCGAGACAUACUGCAGGAUUAUACACAUGAAUUUCACAAAACCAAAGGCAACUUCUUGGCUAUCCGCGAAAGGGAAGACCUUCUUGGCUCCGUCCGGAAAGACAUUGAAACAUACAAGAGUGGCUCUGGAGUCAACAACCGGAGAACAGAGCUGUUUCUGAAGGAACAUGAACACCUGAGAAACUCUGACAGGCUGAUGGAUGACACAAUAAGUAUUGCCAUGGCAACCAAGGAAAACAUGACGUCCCAGAGAGGCUUUCUGAAGUCUAUACAGGGAAAAGUCAACACUCUGGCCAACCGCUUCCCGGCCAUCAACAACCUCAUCCAGCGGGUCAACCUGCGCAAGAGGCGGGACUCGCUCAUCCUGGGGGGGGUGAUUGGCGUGUGCACCGUCCUGCUGCUGCUGUACGCCUUCCACUGACGGCCGCGCCCAGCCAGCGCUGCGUCGCCACCGCCGCCGCUCAGAGACUAGACUGAAGCUAGACACGGCGAACGUCGCCGGGCGCACAGGACAUUCAGCAGCCCCCCCCCCCCCCCCCCCCCCCCCCCCCCCCCGACACCAGGACCCCCGACUGCUGGGUCGACCUAUCACAGCACUCGGAUUACAGGUGGGCGGGCCGGUGUCGGCGGGUGGAUGAUUCACCCAAAAAAAAGGACCGGAGACCAAAAGUACUAUGGGACUUGAUAUUAAAGAAUUCUCUUGAUGAUUUGCAGCAAGAGUUUCUACUGGGGGGGGGGGGGGAUGAA